AUGGAUAGCAAAAGCCGCAAACUAUCUCUCCCUUUUCUUCCUGAAGAAAUCAUUGAAGAGAUACUGCCAAGACUUGCGGUGAAAUCACUCCUGCGAUUCAGGUGCGUUUCGAAGUCAUGGCACUCUUUGAUUGGCAGCGAGCAAUUCAUCAAAACCCAUCUCCAAAAUUCAUCAAAAAACACAGCUCUUGCCCAUCACCGGCUAAUUACCUCUCGCUAUUCAAAACAGCGUCAGCACCGUAUGGGUCAAAUCGUCGGCUGCUGUAAUGGGCUGGUCUGCGUAAUCUGGAAAAACUGUUUCGUGUUGUGGAAUCCCGCCAUUAGAAUCUUCAAGGAAUCACCGCCCUCGUACCGUGUCGGUCUUGUCAAUUGUGGGUUCGGUUGGGAUGAAUCGAGUGGCGAAUACAAGUUGCUUGUGGUUUCAUUCAAUGAUUCUCUCAAUACGCAAGACGACUAUAUGUGUGAAGUUUAUGGCUCAAAGUCAAAUUCAUGGAAGCCGGUGGAGUCUGGGAAUUUUGAUUCCGUACAUGGUAAGGCGCAUUUUGCAAGUGGAAAGCUUCAUUGGCUCCGGAUGAAGGCGAAUGGCGGAUUAAUGAAUAUUGUUGCUGAUAUUGUUACAUUUGAUUUGAAGAGUGAGGCUUUUGGAAAGAUGGAGUUUCCACGUCCAUGUGAUUCAUCGGUGAGGUUGGGCGCUCUCGAGGGUCGCCUUUGUGUGGUCUCUAAUUAUAAGAGAACACACUUCGAUGUGUGGUUUAUGAAAGAUGAUUCUUGGGUGAAGAUGAUGCAAGUUCUUGUUUAUGAGCCUUGUCAAAGAUUUUCAGUCGUGAAACGAGUUUCGAGAGGCCUAGACGCAGAGAUUUUGCUACUCCGUGCACUGGUUUUCUCGGUUCACCAUCGAAAUCUUGUAGAAGAGGACGUGUUUUCGCUGUUCAAAAAACUCGAAGGUGCCUUCGAAGAGAAUGUCUACAUUGAAAGUUUAGUCUCUCCAGUCUAAUAUUUCUUGCUUCAUUUUAAAUAGAAUUAUUUUUGAUUGAUCUUGGAUUGCUUUGCUGUUUCUCAAAUAUAUUGUUGAACUAUCAUGAUUUUAUUGGUUUUUG